GCAUGAGAGCAGAGGCAGAUUACAGAUAAGAGCAAAGCAUCUCUCUCAUGUGUCUGUGAGGUGACACCAUUUUAGGACAAUUUUUAUAUUCUUUCUCAUGACAUUUGAAGAUUAAAAGACAUGGAGAAAACUAUGUCUUCCAAUGCGUCCAAGGACCCCGCUAUUCUUUCUGCUCAGGAGUCACACAUUAAUGAUGGAGAUGAGAAUCAUGCCCGUGGGAACUGGACCAACAAGACCGAACACAUGUUAUCUUUGGUCGGCUUUGCAAUUGGCCUUGGAAAUAUCUGGAGAUUUCCAUAUAUGGCCUAUAAGAAUGGAGGGGGUGCCUUCCUCAUUCCGUAUUUCCUAAUGUUGGCUCUGUGUGGAAUUCCACUUUUCUUCCUGGAAAGCGCUGUUGGUCAGUUCUGCAGCCAAGGCCCAGUCAACAUUUGGAGAGCUGUGCCAAUAUUCAAGGGUAUAGGGGUCUCCAUGGCUGUAGCCAACAUAUUGUUUACAAUUUACUAUGGUGUCAUCGUCGCCUACGCCUUGUACUACAUGUUUGCCUCCUUCCAAUCUCCUUUGCCAUGGUCCAGCUGCUUCAGCUGGGCGGACAGUUACUGCAGCAGCACACCUUUAGUGGCCUGUAAUGUAAGUGGAGUUUUAGUGACCAACUGGACACAGGAAAACAUCACGUGCCCUUCAUCAGACAAAGUCACAGUUUCAGUGGAGAGUCCAAGUGAACAGUACUGGGAUCGUGUAGCUCUACAGAGAUCCAGUGGUCUGGAUGAAACAGGACCUAUAGUCUGGCACCUGGCUCUGUGUCUGCUGCUGAGCUCCAUGAUUGUCGCUGCAGUGCUCUUCAGAGGCAUUAAGUCAUCAGGAAAAGUUGUGUAUUUCACCACCACAUUACCUUAUGUGAUCAUUUUCAUUCUGCUGAUCAGAGGCUUGACACUAGAGGGCGCUAAAGAUGGGCUAGAUUUCUACAUAGGUUCAAAGUCUAAUUUCACUAAACUGACUGAAGCACAGGUGUGGAAAGACGCAACAACUCAGACUUUUUAUUCCUUGACCAUUGCUAUGGGUGGAGUCACAACUCUUGCUUCCUAUAGCAACUUCAACAACAACAUGUUCAUGGACUCAGUUAUCAUAUGCCUUCUUAACCAUGGAACUAGUGUGUUUGCAGGCUUUGCCAUUUUUUCAAUUUUGGGUCACAUGUCUCACAUCUAUGGAAAGCCUGUUGAAGAAGUAGUGACUGAAGGGUUUGGCCUGGCUUUUAUUGCAUAUCCAGAUGCUCUGUCGAAUCUUCCCCUCUCUCCUCUGUGGUCCAUCUUGUUCUUUUUAAUGCUUUUCAUAGUUGGCCUGGACUCUUUGUUCACACCAAUAGAGGUGAUCAGUACCACCUUAUGUGAUGCCUUCCCUAAACAGCUGAGUCACAAACGUGGCUAUGUGUCACUGUGCACGUGUGCCAUCAUCUUCCUCUUGGGUCUGCCAUGUGUGACAAGGGCAGGAAUAUAUUGGGUGAUUCUCAUUGACCAGUUUGCUGCCACGUGGGUGAUGCUAGUUGUGGCUAUCUUUGAGAUCAUUGGAUUCUGCUACAUAUACGGGGUGAACCGUUUGAUUAAAGACAUUGAGAUGAUGAUUGGGAAGAAGAGCGCCGUCUUCUGGUGGUGGGGGAGAGCUAGUUGGUUUUUCAUCACCCCCGCUAUCACUCUGGGGAUCUUCAUAUGGUCACUUGUGAGCUAUGUUCCCCCCUCCUAUGGAGAAGUCCUCUUCCCAGACUGGGGCUUGACUCUGGGUUGGUGCACUGCUGCCUUCAUUGUUAUCUGGAUCCCUGUUGGCAUGGUGUAUAUGCUGAUAAAAGCUGAGGGGAGUCUCUGGGAGCGAUUGAAGUCAUUGUGUUCCCCAUCUGAGGAUUGGCAUCCUUUCCUGGACAUCCACCGAGGAGAACGCUACUCACCAAUGACUAAUUAGUAAUUGUAACCCAGAGUUUACUACACUGACCUGUUCUGUAUUAAUACGUGAUAUACUUAUCCCGAUGCUGCACUCUCCUGUCAGUGGGGCAUGUAGCAGCCUUGGGAUGUGGAACCAAGUGUCUUGUACCGGUGACCUUUUAGAACUUUUUCCUACAAAAACAUUUUUGCCAUGACAAAUACAAUCUCGACAUGUCAAGAUUAAACUCCACAUCGCAAGAAUAAAGUUGGAAUAUCAUGUCGAGAGACAUGUCAACUUUAAUCCCGACACGUUCAUCAGAGAGAGGCAUAUAAAAGCGUGUUUGGUGUUUUAAUUGUCAAAAAACAGUUGUUUUUGAUAUUAAUAGAUGUCUGUUUGUUUUUUAUUCAGAAGUAUACCUCGUUCCAUAUAAAAAUAAACACUUUUACUUUGAAAUCUGUGCAAUAUCACUAUGAAUAUCUUUAUAUUAUGGAUGGAUGGAACAUUGUGUUAGAAUUUUAAGCUUGUACUGCCCACUCACUAUAUAACAGUUAUUUGUUUUUCCACUCUUUUUCUAUAGACCAGCCGCCUCUUGACCAGACUAGAUGCUCAUUUCCUCCAGGUUAUUUGAGUUUGACACCCCUGCCAUAAGCCAUGAUCCAGUCAGGACAGUUUAAUAUAAGCACUAUUUCAUAUCGUGUCAUUGUUCAGUAUGAUUCUGAUCAUGUCAGAGAUUUAGAAUCACUUACUAAAAAAAGGUUACAUUUGUUUUCCCUGUGCUUUCCCUGAUUCACUUUGUUCACAAAGAUAUGGUGCUUGUGUAUGUGAAAGCACAGGCAAACGUCAUUGUUCCUUCUAAAUCUACGACAGACUUGUGAUUAUAAAAAUCAGCUUGACGGACACGUUAGUUUCCUUUGGUUUCACCUGGUCCAAGUGCUGCUGUGGUCACUCCAUUCUAUGUUGGUAGAGGUUUGAAUGAUAUUUAUCGACCUCAUCAAAUGGUCAGAAAUCGGUGAAAGAAAAAGACAUCACAAUGUCCUUGAUUCACUUGUCUUGAAUUUAAACAUUUAAACUGUUGCUUGAGAGACUGUACAUGUAUUUUUUAAAUGCUUCUCAUGUUAAACUGA